GCAUGCACGGGAGAGACAGUGGUGAGAGCGUAAAUUGCUUUACACUGCACGCAUUUCCUGUCUCGUUCGUGCUUGGGGCCGCUGCUGAUCCGCCAUUGAGCAUAGCUCCCAACUCUGCAUAACUUCUCUUUUUACUCACACGAAUUCAUUUUGACCAUUUUCAAGUCAGAUACGAGAUGAAGUGCCUCGUGAUGGAGUAAUCAAGCCAUAUCUUCAAGCCUCAAGGUGGUUCUUGCUUCACUGCAUACCAAUGAACAGUGAACAGAUGUGGUUUUUCUAAACCAAGGAGCUAGCUAUGUGCAGAAAGGGGUAGUCUACUAGAGUCUCACCAGCAUGGAUGGCAGCAGUGAAACUAGUGUAGGCUGCGCGGAAAGAACCGCAGAAGGGAAACCCGAACUGCCUGUUGAUGGAGCCAAGGCCGUUCCUGAGGGCACCACAUCAUCCUCUGAGGAAACAUGCACCAAGGACAGAGAGGACAAAGAUCCUGCGCAGGAGAUCAUAGAGGAUAGCAAAAGCCAAGAAGCUGUGAAGGAUGGUCUGACAAAGGAAUCCAAAGACAUCCUGUUGUCGGACAAAGCCAGCUGUGGACUGCCUGCUGAUGGAGCCAAGACCGUUCUUGAGGGCACCACAUCAUCCUCUGAGGAAACAUGCACCAAGGACAGAGCCAGCGGUGGACUUGGAGUGGAGCAUUCUGAGACAGCCGUGGAUAUCCCAGAAACAGUUAGGGAUUGUCAGCAACCAGGCCAGGAGGUGGAUUCCACCGAGGAAGGAACCAAUGCAAAGCUCCAUCCUCUAGGAGACACAGAAGAAGGGAGUGAGACUUCUUCUCAGGCUCCGAAGGACCAGAAGAGCUGUCAAUCGACUGACAACCGACAGAGUCUCAAGGAUCAGGCCCAGACCAAAGCUGAAGUAGGAGUUCCUACCAAGCCAUUGGAAGAGAGUGUAACUACGCUUGAAGGCAUGAACCAAACCUCUUCAGAAGAGAUUACCACCAAAGUCAGUGCUGCCCCAUCGAAAAAUGAAUCAUCUGAUACCAAUCAGAUCAAUCCAACCAUUCAGUGCACAAGAGACCAAUCCGACAGUCCGCUAGAUGCAUUGGAACUGCUAAAGUCCGACCUGUCUUCCAUCAGAUCUUCCAGUCAAAGUGCCAAAACCUGUCCUACACCGGAGGUUACCUCACAAGGACAAUGCAGCAAGCAGGAGUUAACCCCGUCCGUGCCUACUUCUUCCAACCUAAGUCUUCCAUCAUCAGAAACUAUGCAAAAUGAUAGCAAAUGCUCUCUAAAAGUUGAAGAUACAGUCAACAAUAAUGUUCAAAAAUGCACCACAUCUUGCCAAGAACCAAAGGAAGUGGCUGUGAGUGAAGUUAUAGCCCCUCCACAGAAUCCUACUAAUGUAGACCAGUCAGAUUGUGCUAUGAUAAAUGCAGAGAAGGAAACAGAUAAACCUUCUCUGAAUGUUAAUGAAACUGAGGAGACUGGUGAAAGCAUCCAGAAUCGUUCAAUGCUAAUGAAAUACCUAGGAUUACAGCCUGUGCAGGAAGGAGGUAAAUCCAGCAAAGAUCCUGGAGGGGAUGUAUUGUCAGCAAGACAGAGGUUGAGUGUUUCAUACAUGGAUUCCUUUAGCCUAAUGCCUGGCCUAGACCCGAUGAACUCUUAUGAAAAAGGCCAGAUCUCCUACAACACAUCACCUUUUGAAGUAUGCAGCACUGGUAGCCACUCUCCAGAGCCUCCUCUUCUGGCAGAGACUCCUGUCGUUGGUUCUUCCCCACCUCACCAUGACUAUGAUGCAAUGGAGGCAAGAAUGAUGGACAUGACUCCAAGGAUGAAUUCAGCGAUUGGUAAGGGGGAUCUACUGAACAGUUUCCCUCAAUUGCACCCACCAGGUCAAGAUGCUAAGACUGCUUUCAACAGAAAGCAGCAUGGAGUCUUAGGGUAUGCAUCGUCACAUACAUUGGACAGUCUUUGCCAUCGACUUGCAGAACGUGUUGAGCCGGAUAUUCCCAGUCAAGAUCACACCCUUUCUCAGGGAACAAAACUGGGUGAAGCUUUCUACUCAAUUCCUAGCAAGAAUCAGGAAGACCAUGACAAAAAUGGAGCAAAGGCAAAGAACUUUUCAAGUGUGUCAGAAGUUGUUCCUUGCCCAAGAUGUCAUAGAACCUUCAAGAACAGAAAUCAAUUGAGAGGGCACCUUCGCUGGCACAUCAAUGAUCCAAUCAACCUACUUUCUGGAAGAUGGCCAAAAGAUCGGUCUAGUACUCAUGAAAAUGGCCUCGCUACUGGUAAGAGCUCUGGAAAUAUCCUAAAUAAAUCUGGAAAAAAGAAGAAAAUAUCAAAAGUCCGCUUAGAUGCUGAACAACAGACACAACUUUCACAUAUUUCUGGAGUGACACAAGAUGGUUUUCCAUGCACUCUUUGCACCAAAGUGUUCCGGACCUCUCUCAAGUUGCGAGGCCAUAUGAUGGUACAUAAAAGGAAACAAUCAAAGAAGAAAACGCUUUACUGGAGGAAUAAGACCAGUAAAAGCCCUGGUUCUCAUGGACGUGGCGGAAAAUUCCAAUGUGACAUUUGCUCGGGGAAGUACGAGUCUCAAUUGAAGCUCAGUGCCCAUAAGUCAACCCAUGCCAAAGAAUUUCAUCUAAGAAGCAAAGGUGUGAGAAGACUUGGGAGUCUGGCUACCAGUAAUGGUGAAGGCUCAUCACUUGAUAGUGGCCUUUCUGGAAUUACAGACAUACGACAGAAAGCAGUCAUGGAAAAAAGGAAAGGACCAUUCAAAUGUGACAUUUGCUUCAAAACAUUCCCUACCUUGAGAGCUCGGAAUGGCCAUAAGGGUAUCCACUCCUCAAAAUGGAAACUUGCAAAUUCUCUUCACCAUGCUGGAAAUCCUGGCAGAAUCAAAGAAGAAGCAACUGAACAAAUACCACCUCUUGAAGGACUAUCAUCCAGUGAAACAUUUACCAGACAUAGUGACCAAACAGAUUCAACCAAGAGAGAUGAGAAUGUGGAUCCAAAUGAGGCAGAUGGUUCAACUACAGAGAACCAAAGUGCUCUCAAGCACAGGGUGCGUAAUUUAUACUUCCAAUGCAUCCAUUGCCAUCUUGUCUUUGCCUCAAGGCACAGGGUGAGAAAGCACCUCUUCAAAGUACACUCUAUCAUGCCUCCUGCGUCAGAUUCAUUCACAGAAGAAAAAGUUGAUGGUUGCAAGUUCUGUGAAGUUUUCAAGAAGAGGAAAAGGGGAAGACCAAAGCGAGGUGAAAAUUCUCUUGUCCAAUGUCCACAUGGAAAAGUUGUAGUGGGAUACAACUUACCGUUGAAUUCUCUACGACUGAGCAGAAAAAUCAGAGGUACCCCAAAGACAGUGAAAACUGAGGAAAAAGACGCUCUUACCCCUGGAGAUAUAGUGCCACAGAAGUGCUCUGUCAAGUUGAGUCCAAAGGAUGUAAAUGCUGCUAGAGAGAGGAGGGAUAUCCAAGACAACUCAACAGAUGAAGUGCAAAACUCUGAAGACUUGAAGGUGCCAGAUUUUCUGUCAGUAAAGAAAAGAGGAAGGCCACCCAAGGAUCGCCUGAAACCAGCACAUAAUCUGCAGAAUGCUCGCAAGAUAGUAUUCUCUGUCGGAGGAAAUAAAUCUUGUCGAGGUAGAACACGUGCUUUUUCUGCAAUCAGGAGACGGAGAAUGGGAAAGGAAAUUUCUCUUUUGGGCAGACAACUUAAGAGUGGAUGGGAUCCAAAGCGACAACGGUUCAUUGGCCGACCUUACAAGUGUCAUCUCUGCAAGAUGUCUUACAGAAGUGAAAGGCAACUCUGUAGUCACAUGAGAUCCCAUGGUAUUCACAUUUUUGACCUCUCACAACUACCUGCAGAUCAACGAGGAAAUGCCUUCAUGUCCAGUGAAGAUAUGGACACUAAAUCUGAUGAUGGACAAGAUUUGGACACUCCUGAAAGUAAUAUGAGCACCAAACUUUCAGAAGGUUUUACUGCAACAACUCCUACUGAACCUGAUCUAGAGAGUACAACUGGAGAAAAUGGUGUGGGAGGAACAUGUAGAGUUUGCAAAAAGGAAUUUGACAGUGAUAACAUGUUCCACCAGCAUCUGCUUGGGCGUUACAACAAGAAAUGCAGACAAGAGUGGAUGAAGCAUACCUUUGGGUUUGGCAAUGGAAAUAAAGUACAGGAUGCUCCAGAACAAGACGUGGUAGAUGAACACGAUCCAGUGGAUUCCAAAGAUGAACAAAACAAUGGUAACCUGUAUGUCAUUGACAAGAUCAACAUGGAAACUUGUCAAGGUUCUGGUAUCUUCAGUAACCUUCAACAAAAAGUCAAUGACAAGAUCGAAAAUGUGUUGCAAAGAGAGAAGCGUGCAAACAGUUGUUCACGAAGCCUUGAGAAUGCAGAAAGAUUAGAAACUGAACAGUCACCUCCUAUCUCAACCCAGAGUGAUGCAGGACUUGCCAACAAUGUUUCUCCAAAGAAAGGAUCAGUUUUGAAUGCAGUCAUUAACAGGCUCACCCAAUCAUCAAAACCAAGUGAUGACAUUCCAAGCAACACAUCUUCAGAUUCUUCUGAGUCUAGCAAACCUGGUAAAAGGUCACGCAAAGGAUCUGAUAAGCUGGUGUUCACUUGCAACAUUUGCAACAAGAUCUUUGACAAAAAACAGAAGCUAAGUGUUCAUGCUAUGAUUCACAGACGGAAAGUAGUCACUGUCAUGGAUCAUAUAGAGAUUGCAACUCAGAGGAGUGGGUCUGGUAUCAGUACACUGCCUAGUGGAGGAGAUCAACAACAGUCUCUUCAAAAUCAAGUGGUGAAUGACUCUCUGGGUAAUACUGUUCAAGAACCUGUGUCUCCAAUGCAUCUUUUAUACACUUGUACAGAGUGCCCCAAGCAGUUUACAUCAAACCUGAAACUUGCGACCCAUCUUAAGAUGCAUUUGAAGAGCACAAUGAGUAGAAGUCCCAAACAUGACACCAGUCUAGCAUGCAAACCACAAGACUCAAAGGCAGAGCAAAAUCCUGACAUAAACAAGCCAGAUGUUCCUGCAAAUCCAACAGAACCUACAAAUUAUAGCACAAAAUUGCCCAAGAAAGAGAUGUCUCCUCCAUCCGAAAGUGAGUUACCAGCCGUUAAAGAAGUUAGAAGUGAUGGGAAUGCAUGUAACUUAACAGUACCAACUUCCUCUGAUGAUAUCUCAAAGCCAGUGGACACUGUCAAGGAUGUACCUAUAGAGCAAGAUGUGAACGAAGAUGGAGAGAAAAUUCAUACAGAAAGUGAAAAGAUCAGUACUGGUAGGCCUCGUCUGCUUCUGAAAAUCAACCCAGCCACCUUACAGCGCUUCUAUAACUGCCCAGAAUGUUCCAAAUCAUUCAAGAGUCGGCGUCACUUAGCUCAACAUCAAAGAAUUCAUGCUGAAGAAAAAUCACCAUGUGCUCAAUCAGACUCUUGUACAACACUCUCUUCAGAAAAUGAGCACUGCCAGCCGGACCACUCUGAGUUUGUACCACAUUCCUUUGAGUCCAAAGAAAAAACUGCCUCUACCGAACUCUGCCUUCAAGAUAGUGAUCAGUCAUCUGUUGACAAUGUUAAUCACGAGCCAAGCCAUAACACUGUGAAUGUGGAGAAUACAUCUGUUCAUGCCAAGCAGAGUAAUGAAGUACGUCCACCUGAAAAGAAUGUUCCCUGCAAAAUAUGUGACAAGGUUAUGAAGAAGUCCCAGUUGGGUGGCCACAUGAAGUCACACACAAAGGAAUUGCUGUCCAGAAAAUUUACUGGUUCUGGAAAUGGCAGUGCCAUUGACAAGAGGCAGUAUCGUGAUUCUGCUAUGGGCAAGAGAUUUAGGGAGAGAGAAAUAAUUUCAGGAGUAGAUCUGUAUCGCUCAGUAUCCAGGAAUGCAGAUUCUACCCUUGGAAAUUCAUUGAAAGGAGCGGUUCAUGGCAUUGCUGCAGUUGACAUGGUAGAAACAGCAGGAGACGCAGAAUUUGGUGCUAGCAUGACUGUCAUGAAUAACUAUGGGGAAGAACUAGAGGACAAAGAUGUAGGAAAGCAGCAGUUCACUUGCAGGGUCUGCAAUCUAAAGUACGACAGCUACCAUCAGCUUUGUCAGCAUUUGAAAAUGCAUGUUGUGAAGAAGCCAAGCUUUAGUGAGUCACUAGCAACACCAGACAUCAGUGGAGCACCCCCAUCAGACGACAAUGUUGACAAAGAGGGAUCGUUCAUGGAAAGCGCCAAGCACACAUUUGCACGCCCCAAGGUGUAUCCUUGUGAGCUCUGUGGCUUUUCCUUCUCCUCCUUCAGGCAGUUCAGGGUUCACAUCAGUCAAACUCAUGGUGGCAAGUACCAGUACCGCCUGAUGCUCCAGCAGAAGGAGGCUGCCAAAGCAGGUGCUUUUCUCAAGGAGCCUGACACCAUCAACAAGACUCAUCCCCACAAGUGUGAUGUCUGCGGAAGAAGGUUCAAGAGAUUGGCUCUGCUCAUAUUUCAUCUGAAUAAAUUGCACAAAGGAUGGAAACAGAGAUUGUGCAUGAUGAAUGUCAGGAGCCGACCUCGACCCCCUCACACUGCUGUACAAAAGACACCUGGAACAAAUGGACAAACUGUUCCUGGAGCCACUGGAGUGGAUCCUGCAGAUCUCCCAUUUACAUGCGAGCUGUGUGGCAAAAGCUUCAGGAUGAAGGUGCAGUUGUGUGGCCACAUGAAGACACAUGGUCGAGUUGGUCAUUCCCCAAUCAAGAUAACCCCACUUGCAAUGAAAGGAAAAUAUACUCUCAGGAAGAGUAGGAAACCAGACUUCAGGCUUAGUGAUGAGUGGAUACUAGAUAUGGAUGAUGAGCGAAUGGCAUUUGAAAAUUCCAUGGCCCUUCAGCAGUUACCGCCAAGGCAAGGUAUGGUGGAACAGUCAAACAAGAUGAAGGGUUCUCCUGAUGCAAGCAUGUAUAAUGCUCCGAUGUAUGGAGCCAAGCCAGGGGCGAGUACUAUGUUUGGCUCAAAGAAGAUCAUUCCAGGACUUGCAGAGCACACUGAUCAAUAUAGAAUGCCCAUGUCAAGUCCUGAGCUGCCAAUGACACCCCCAGCUCUUGAUCUGAAAAUACCUGGAGCACCUCCACCACCAGAACCCAGCAAAUUCAUUACAAUCCAAAUGGAACCAGUCCUGCAGCAGAUGCUACACAGAUGUCUUCUUUGCCAUUCCUACUUCAGCUCCCAGGAAAGUGCAGUACUCCACUGUAAGGAAGUUCACUUCAAAAAGAAGCCCAGAACUUCUUUUGUUGAUGCAGGCCAAACUCCAGCCCAUCCCCUAGGUCACAAUUAUCAAAUGAGUCGUGCAGCUCCUGAAGUAAGACCACAUUCUGCUCAACACCCACCUGCCGUUUGCUCUGUAAGGCCUCAGGUGACUCCAAGCCUUGGACCACCAGUACCACAGCAUAUGCAUUGCCCACCUCCUAUGGCAAGCCAGAUAACAACAAGGGUUAGAUCACCCACGCCACAACCAGUGCCCAACGUUAACCCCCCUGGCUUUGAUAGAGUAAAUGUACCACCAACUAGAUUCCCAGCUAGUACUGGUCAACCCCCAGGGCUCCCCUACGCAGGACCUAGGCCAAAAGUAGCUCCAACCUCGACACCAACAGCAAAAACAAUCAGUCAAACACCAUUCAAUGAGAUGCUCUACCGAGCGGAGAUGUUGGAGGGGCAAACGCGUUAUGUGUGUAAUACUUGUAAGUCAACAUUCCUACACUACAAUUUCCUCAUGAGCCAUCUUGCGGAGCAUAACCACCUGGCCUACACCUGCUUGCAGUGUGGAUAUGCAACUUACUCAGAGAAAGAUUACCAGUUGCACUGUCAGCUUCAUGACGGUCAGAUCUCCAAGAAAAUCAGAAGGGUAAGACCAAAGCCACCGGGAUAUUCUUCUAACUCAGACAAAGGAGCGGCACCUAGAGCUGUUGCAACCUGUCACAUCUGUCAGCGGUCCUUUGUAAACAUGAAGGGUCUAAAGGCACACAUGGUCCUUCAUUCUGCUAACUACAACAGCAUUUCAGAGAGGAGAAAUGAGUCCAGGAAGAUACCAAGAAGUAUUCUUGUUCCUGUAACAUGCUUUAGUGAGGUGACCCCUGAGCCUCUUUCUCUUGUGAAGCCUACUGGAGAGCAGACCGAAGCCCUUGAUCUAACUGUUAAACCAGUUGUUGAUACUUCUGUUGAUGAGGUGCUUGACUUGAGCAUGGGUUCAAGGAGUUUUACAGACAGAGCAGAGAGUCCAGAUGUAGAAAGUUCACUUGAUAUGACAGUUAAGAGCGAUCCAGAGGAAAGUCAGGCUGUAAGUUUGCCAGAUGUGUGCCAAGUCGUGCAGCAGCUUGAUGUCCCAGAAGAACCUACUUCAUCCCCCAUCCCACUAAUAUCGGGAAAGCUUACACAUGUCAGAAAGCCCAAGAACAGCAUCAGACUAGUAGGAGCCAUUGAUGUUGAUGUGGCUAGCUUGGAAAACAAAUACAGUGUUGUCACAGAUUUGAUGGAUACUGACAGUGAUAUUUCACCAGAUGUUCCUACAUCAGCUGGUCAAGAAUCUCCGGCGAGGAGUGGGGAAGGAGAAGGUGAGCUCGGUGGUAAAUCACCCAAGAAGGCAAGAAAUUACAAGUGUUCGAUGUGCCAGUAUGCCACUGACUUCAAAGACUCUAUGGAACGGCAUGAAACGAAGCAUCGCAAGUUCCGCACCUUGGCUUGUCAUGCCUGCAGUUACAGGACACCAGAAAAGAGACUCAUGUUAAGGCAUGUACUCACCAUUCACGAAAAGCAGAAGCCAUACAAAUGCAAGCUGUGCAACUAUUCUUCUGCUUAUAAGCAUCACCUGAAGCGCCAUCACACCAAACGUCACCAACGACCUCUUUUGACCUGUAACCUUUGUGAGUUUACCACUGAUGAAGCCUCAAAGCUGAAGAGUCACAGCGUUUCACACCCAGAACCUAAAGUCUAUCAGUGUAAGCUUUGUCCUAUGGUGUUCAACAGCAGUAAGCUCUUUAAAGCUCACAAGCAGAUUGUUCACCACAAGAAGAAGAAAAGCAAGAAAUCCAGCCGUGACAAAAGCCAUUCUUCAUCUAGUGUCAUUGAAUCAUCUGAGUCGAUGACGGAAGGAAAAGAAAUUGAAAGUCUUGCCAGUUCAGAAGAGCCUUCAGAGCCAGUUGUCCUGAAGCAUCCUUGUAACCUGUGCAAGUAUCAGACGGAUGAUCAGAAUGAACUGACCAUACAUCUUAGGAAAAUACAUUUUAGCAGUCAGAUCAAGGAGGUCUUGGGGGAUGUUUGCUCCACAGCGCAGUGUCCGCAGUGUGGCUACCUGACUGGGAAAGAGCAGAUGAAAGCUCACAUGCAGAUACACGACAGUGGGGAGUUCUUCAACUGCGACCAAUGCCUCUUCAAAGCUGGCAGCCAGGGGGAAGUGGAUGAGCAUGUGCAGCAGAAGCACAAGGUCAAACUGGCCCCCACCCAGAUAUGCAAGAUGUGCAACAUGCGCUUCUGGAAUGCAGAAGAUUUGAAGCAGCACACGGAGAUGCAUCUCAAGGAUACAACCAUCUCUGUCAAGAAUCCAUUCCUUUGCAACAUGUGUCCUUUGAAGCUGAUGAAUCGACGCGAUGCCUUGAGGCACCUCCAGCUCCACACGGAUCGCUACCCCUUCAAGUGUCGUCACUGUGUCUUUUCCUGCUUCACCAAGGCGUCCAUUCAACGCCACCUCUCCAUCCAUCGCCACGCCGGCAAACCCAAAUCCCUGACAGCCAUCCGAAAGAACGGUCGGAAGAGUCACUCUGUGGGUGCUAGCGGAAGCUCUGGCAGUGAGAGCGAUGUCCAGAAGAGCCAGAGGAAGAGUCAGAGCAGUAAGUCCUCCACCUUUGGUCCUGUAGCUAAUCGCUUGCCCAUUUACCAGUGUCAGUUUUGUAGUCAUAGUUUUAGGGUAGCUGAAGAAUGGCAACGUCAUGAAAGAAGACAUCGCAUGAUUUGGCCUGAAUAAGUUAAUUCAUCUUAUUCUCAUACAUUUUUUCUUAAUUUUUAAAGGGCAUUAUUUCAGAUAGAUAUUUUUAUAUUUUGUCUUAUUUCUUAUGUACACAUGUAUUUACAUUAUAAAUGUUUAUUCUCAGCAGUCUUUUAUUUGCCAUAUGUUUCUUAUCACUGAAUGGGUAUACUUAUUCUGCUUUAAAUCAUAUGGGUUGCUUGCAAGAAGGCGGUAAUUAACUUCAAAUUUGUCUUUCAGAGAGAUGUAUAUAUAUAUAUAUAUAUAUAUAUUUAAUAAUAAAAUAUUAUUUAGAGGGACUAGAGAAUUUAAUAUCAUUCAGCAUCUAAUUAUAUUUAUAUUAAAAAAAUACUAUAAUAAUUGUGUUUUUGUACAAAACUCAAGCUUGGGGUUUAUGUUCAUAUGUUAUUAUGUUUCCAUGUCAUGGUUAUCUAAUAGUGUCACUUUACACUGCUCAUAUUUCGAGGUGCAACAUACAUGUAUUUUUUCACUUUCAUUCUAUAACAGUUUUUCAUUCUAUCUACCCCAUCCCCUUUUUUCCUUCUCUUCCUUUUUUAUAUCUCCCUCUACAGCUACAUGUUAAAGUAGCUUUAAAUUGAUCAGCGGAAGGAGAUUUAUAUGAAUACAUCCAGUCUGUAAUGUUGGACCUGGCUGAUGCUGAUAAGGGGGUAUCCUAGCCAUACACAUAUUUGUUGCAAAACGUCUUGUGUUGUUGUAGCAUAGAUAUGAAACAAAGAAUGGUGAAAUCCCAUGGAUGCAUGAUGCCUGAGAGAAAACCAAAAGACUGUAAUUGUUUUAUUUGCUAAGAGUUUUUCUCGGGACUCCAUGGGUCUUUGAUAUUGAAUAAUCAAGUAGAAAUUGGACAACCUCUCUGUGAUUCUGUUAAGAUUCUUCCAUUCACGUUACAAAUACUGGCUUAGCAGGAGUUUAGUUACAAUUAUUUUUGUUCCUCUAUUUUAAUAUGCACAGGGGAAUUCAAGAGGAUUUCGAAGACACCUCUCUAUUAAACCUUGUAAGCAAGGCCUACAUUCCAUUUCUCUUAUUUUCAAUGGAGAAUCUAUGAAAUGAAAUAGCAUUUCAAGUAUAAUUAAUCUUUUGUCGAAAGAUUAUUGUACAGUUGGGCCUACACCGUACCUACCAGUUUUUCAUGUUGAAUGGAACUACAUGUAUAUUGACAGACUUGCACAAGGUUGUACUUAUCACCUGCUUGGAGCCAGAAGGGCAUUGGUCCAUCUCAUUUGACAUCAAUUUAAAGCCGUUCUGGCUCCGAAACAGAAAAUAUACUGUAAAUAUGUGAAGAUGAACGGGACUGGGAUGGGGUAUGCAUCCUUCAUUGUCUGUAGUGGCAUGUCUUGUAAAAUAUGUGCUUCCUUUCGUUGUACAGCUCUGUUUCAUAGACACUGUUCUUCUUUCUUUGUGUUUGUGUCACCGCUAGAUCUUUUUGUCCAUAUCCUUGACAAAAGAAGUCCUCCUUUCGUUGUAUAGCUUUCUGUCAUAUUCACAGUUAACCAUCCUAAACAAGUUGUUUCACUGCAUUUUUUCCACCAUAUUCUUCUCAAAGGAAGUCCUUGUUAUAAUGGAUCUUCCUUGUGCCUAUGCCUUUAGCAGACAGUUUUUGUCAUUUCAUCAUUCUUAAUUCUUGUUUUGUACCCUCAGCUUCAUUGGACAUUCAGUGUGAUUCACAUGGCUUCCAUACAUUUCAUUGCAUUUCACUAACCAUUCUUGUGUAUAGUUGUUACUGCCACUCUGCUUUAAAAAAAUGACCAUUCAUUUAGUUAAUAAGUGAACUGAAGUUAGGCACGUGUGGGAAAGAAAUCUUUCCUGUGCUUAAUUUUUCAUUUUUAAACUUCCAUAUUAUUAUCCUCUGAUUUGGACAGAUAUUGUUAAUUUGAUGAUAGGAAUACAUUAUUUUUCUCUUUCGAACACUUUGCUGUUACAAGGAAAUUCAAGUAAUGUUGUAUGAAAGCAAAAUGGCUUCCGAUGAGUGAAACCAUUCAAAAUGUUAUGAAUGUACAACCUGUGAGUUAAGAUAGGAUAAGAUAUAAAGUACAUGUAUAUAUUUAUUUACCGUAAUAGAACUUCCAUGUUGAUGUUUUCAGUCAUUUUCAUGUCCUCUUUUCUUCACCCAGUAAUUUUUCAUGGGUGCCAUCUUCCAUCAAUGCAUGUAUCACGUCAUGUUUGAAAAAUGUAAAUAACACCUCCUUAUCAUUCCAUUCUGACUGCUGCAUGUUAACUUUGGGACAUUUUACCCUACAAUAAAAAACAUGUUUAUCUGAUGUUUGUAAUGGCUUCAGUAACAGUUAUGGCCGUACACUUAUUUGCAAUCGCUUUUUACUGUUUCUUUGCUUCAUGUGCUUGCCAAGAUAUACCUGUGCUUUGAUUGGUUCAAUCAAUACCCCUCCCCAUAUUUUCAAGCUUUGAAAGUACUUAAGUUUUUUUUAAAUUGAUGUCUCUGUUUUUUUAUUUCAUGAUAAAAUCUGUAAAUGUAUUGUAAAUAUGUACAUAAAAUGAUCUGAUUUUGUGUUUAAUUAUCCAAGAAAUUGUGCCUUGAAACUCAGAUUGAGAUAGAAAGAUAAAGGGUUUGGGUGAUAUUAUUUUCAUUGUUAAAUAAAAUGGGUAAUUUUCAGUCUUGCCAUAACUUUUUUAAAUUUUGUUCUGUAUGAGACAAUUCAUCUGCAACCAAAGCUUUAUUUUUGUCGAUAUUAUUGUGUGAGAAAUUUUGUAUGCUAGAUAUCACAUCAUUAGAAUGGGUAUUGCUUUUCUACUUUAAGCCAACCAUUACCCAUUUUCCCAAAUCAGUCAUUCAAGAGGGGAACAAUUUUUAUUACAUGAUCCACUGAAUAAUUUACUUCCACUGUAAUUAAAUAUGCAUAUAUUUACAUACCAGUAAAAGUAUUUGAGUACUACAUAAUAAAGCAUCAGAACAACAAUUUAUAUUGCCCCCAAUGGCCAUGAAUUGGUUGGUUUGGUGUCGAAGUGGAGUUAAUUAGGUGGUGCGACUCUGAUAUUUGGAGUUCAUUACCUGCAUACCGUAUGCAUUGGCUUCCAAAUGUCUGCAUGUAAAUGUAAUUGUAUCAAUUUGGUAAAAAGUAUAUAAUAAACAUGUAUGCAUGUGACAUGCAAUUUUAGUGUGUCAAUUAUGUUCCUGUAAAAUACAUCAGCAGAGCAUACCACUGAUCCCCUAUUGAAACACAUGUACCGGUAGUCUGAUUUCGGGUCUACAUUUUAAGUCAAUUUCUGUACAGAACUCUGCAAUACUUUGUAACAUAAUGGGACACCAAAUUGCCAAAUACCAUUCAGUGGAGCCAGACGUCUGUAAAGUGGAACAUAUCCCAAAGGAAAUAGACUGAUCUUCCGGUCUGCAUCUGAAGCCAGUCUAUGUACAGAGCUCCACAAUACAUUGUAACAUAUUGGACAACAACAAAUUAUGUCCUUGCAUGUACAGAUCUAAAGUAACAACCAUGAAGCUUCCUGAAGAUUCUUCCAAAGUUGUAUUACCGGUAGUUUAAAGAGUAGUGUGUUCAUUAUUAUAUUCCUUUUGAGAUGAAAAGAACAGCCAAAGCUCUUGAAAUACAAAUAUAUUCUCCAACUUAAGAUGGUGAAAGAAUGUUAUUUGAUGAAAUUGAUAUGAAGAAAUACGGUAUCUGCUCUUGUGCAGCUUACUAUCUCUGUGUUCUAGAAUGUUUGAUUUAGAUUUGAAAAGAAUCAGCA